AUGCCCGCCGGAAACCGUCCACGAUGGAUACUCGUUCUCCAAGCGCAAACAUGGCGUUUUCUCAUGGGCAUCGGAAUGCUGCUGCACAAGCUCGCACGCCCGAUUCCCCCACGUCCAUCCUUCACGCGCACCAUCGAUGCAACCGUAUCGCCGCUCAAGGGCAAAUUCAAACUCCAUUUCUACGUCCCCAAAGACUACAACAGGCGUAGGAAGCUCAAGGGCGGCAAGCCCUACCCGUGCGUCGUCAACUUCCAUGGCGGAGGCUUCUGCUUGGGCACAGCAACGGACGAUGCGAGGUGGGCUCACACAGUCGUUGAUCAAGUGGGUGCCGUGGUGGUCAGCGUCGCAUACCGUCUGGCUCCCGAGUUUCCCUUCCCGACCGCAGUAGAGGAUGGCGCCGAUGCUGUACUCUAUCUCUCACAACAUGCCGACGACUUGUUCCUGGACGCUUCCCGUUUUGCACUUUCCGGCUUCUCCUCGGGCGGCAACAUGAGCUUUACGGUGCCGCUGUGUCUCCAGGGCGAGCUUCUAGAUCGAUCACCCGACGGAACAAAGAUCCCAGAUCCAGGAAGAAGAGGAACCGUACCCUCGAUCAAUAUUCUCGCACCGCCUCCUCCCGCACAGCUCACUGUACCAACCAACGCAACGACAACGCCAAACUCUUCGCGUAUUCCUUUAGUCCGCCAAAGGAGCAAGAUUGAUCGGAUUCAACUGCUGCGCCAAGCCGGCGUAUCUUCCCUCUCCCUCGUCUCCUCAUACAAAGACAACGGCAUUCUCGCAGUCGCUACCCAAGGAUCCCCCGCCGAAGCCAGGAUCCGCGGAAUCGUUUCUUUCUACCCGCCGACCGACUACACGCAAACGCGGGCCCAGCGCCGGGCGACCUGCUCCCGAACCGACCAACAACUGCCCGCCGUCUUCACCGAGCUCUUCGACGACUCGUAUCUGCAACCCCCCUCCCUCGACCUCGGCCAUCCCUGGCUCUCCCCUGGCGUGGCUCCCAAGGAUAUGCUCGUCGCUCUUCCCGACGACAUCGUCAUGUUCUGCUGCGAGUGGGAUAUGCUAUUGGCGGAAGGCGAAGCGUUCAGGGAUAAGCUAAAGACCGACUUGGGCAAGCGGGUGCAUUAUCACUGUGUGCCUGGUGUGCCGCACGGUUGGGACAAGGCGCCGAAUCCCCUGCGCGAGAGCCCCGGCGCGAGGGACCAGUACCUCGUAGCGUGUAGGGAGUUGCGGAGAAUGUUUGAAAUUGAGAGUGAUUCGGAUAGUGCGGCUGAUGUAUAA